AUGAGGCAGGAUGAGAGCGGUGCCGUCUAUCUCCGCGUCUCCAGCACGUGGGAGCACCAGGGCUGGCCGCUCCGCGGCGGUGUCCGUCCGGGAGUCAGCGGUGUGAUGAACUCUGCGCUCUCUGCCUCUUGCCAGAGACCGCCCGUGUCGGUACUGGUGUUGCUGGCGCCAAACCAGGUACCCGCGUGUGCUUCUUGCCCUGAUUUGGUGCAGAGACAUGGCUGGGGGCACCGCGCCAAACCAGGCUCGCACGCCUUCUCUCCCACCAACUUCACCGGGAAGCAGUCCGCCUACGUCGACACGGCUUGCUGGGACUCCCUGGUCCACCACGGCUUCGACGCCGAGGGAAACGCCGUCACCAAGUCCCUCUGGGCUCUCAAGGUACAGGUCCGGCUCAUGCCUGGGUGCCCUCUGGUCCCGUCCGGGGGCGCGGCCGGCCCNNNCCUCCACUCCGACCUCCUCUUCAUCAUCGACGAGCUGGACAAAUCCUACAACCGCUCCGUGCGCCUGGUGCAGCACAUGAGGAAGGUCCAGCAGGCCAGCGCCGAGCCGGAGCGGUUCUGGGAGGAAUAUGAGAGGGCCCGCCGGGAGAGGUACUUCGAAUUCCCGUUGCUGGAGCGCUACCUCACCUGCAAGCAGCACGCCCACUCCCUGGUCUUCGUCUACGUCCUGAGGAACCUGCUCCUGCUCUUGUUCUUGGCUGCCACCUGCCUCUACCUCAUCUUCCUCCACCUCAACAUCUUCUUCCAGGACGAGUUCAGCUGUUCCAUCAAAACGGGGCUGCUCCAGGCGGAGCCCCACAUUCCCCCGCUCAUCCCCUGCAAGCUGGUCUUCUUCUCCAUCUUCCAGCUCAUCAGCCUCUCGGUUGGCAGUGUCUACAUCCUCCUCGUACCCGUCGUCAUCUACAACCCCGCCGUCGGCGCUUGGAGGAAACCCGCCGACAGGCGGGACAUCGAUACCGUCGUCGACUUCAUGACGCUGCUGGCCGGCCUGGAGACCACCAAGCCCAAACACCACGCUUGCACCCCCGAGGCUGACGGCAUGGUGCCCCUCUCCGAUGGCACGGUGCCCCUCUCCAACGGCGCGGCCCUGG